CAUAAACCUACGUCAUCAUUACCGUUUCCGUAUAUUGAACUAGAUUAAUCAUGUUAGGAUUUUAUCCGCUUUUUGUGUUAUUCCAGUGGUUUCAAUGCACUUUUAAAAUGCGUGGAUAACAAACAUGAUGCCGACAUCUCCCACUUGAAAACAAAAUGUAGAACAUAUUCGUGAAUAAUUAUCUGGUGUAACUACAAUAUGUCUUGCUAUAGCCUACCAAGUGUUUGACAGCAAGUAGGUGUUUACGAUGGCUUUGCUGUAACAUCAGUGUGACUCAGGUUUGAUGCACUGCCUGGCGAUGCGAUGAUGCUGCUCGGAUGGCGUUAGAAAUGGAAAAUCGUUGUGGGAUGUCAAAACUUCAACACCUUGACUAAUGACGAUCGCAGGCAAUCACUGAUUUUUCCAUCUGCUCUGACUUGUGCAUGACGUUCCUGUAAAAUACGAUUUGUGGGUAUGGAGGAGAGUACUGAGGAGCUGAGGGAGGAGUGGACCUUGCUCCUCUGGACCACGGUUGCUGUUCUGGUCCCAGUGCUCAUCACACUGUGGUGCAGCUUCCAGCGUCCUAAACGCAAAGUUCAGCUGAAAGAUCUUUUCCGAAAGAGCAAACACGGCUGGCACUACACGGAUCUGUUCAACAAGCCCACCUACUGCUGCGUGUGUUCUCAGCCCAUCCUGCAGGGGGCGUUCUGUGACUGCUGCGGCAUAUGUGCGGAUGAGCAGUGCAUACAGAGGGCAGAUCGCAUCCUCUCGUGUAAGGAGAUCAUGAUACAGAGACCGACAGAUGGGAGGUUUUACCAUCAGUGGGUCAGGGGAAAUGUGCCCCUCGCCAGCUAUUGUGCCGAGUGCAAACAGCAAUGCGGGACUCAACCCAAACUUUGCGACUAUAGGUGUGUAUGGUGUCAGACCACAGUGCAUGAUGACUGCCUUUCUAGUCUGAAUGAUGAUCUGUGUGAUCUUGGAGAGUUCCGCUCUGUUAUCAUACCUCCAUAUUACCUCUAUCAAGUCAACAAGCUCCGCCAACGACACCCUGAUGAGUACAGUAAGCUUGCUGCAGGGUGUGGGAGUGGCUGGACUCCAGUUCUGGUCUUGGCAAACACAAGAAGUGGCAACAACAUGGGGGAAGUUUUGCUGGGAGAAUUCCGUACCCUCCUGAACCCUGUGCAGGUGUUUGAUCUCUCUGAGCUGCCCCCCUCUAAAGCCCUACAGCUGUGUACUCUUCUGCCCCCAGGCAGCGUGCAUGUUCUGGUGUGUGGGGGAGAUGGCACAGUAGGCUGGGUUCUGGAUGCCAUUGAUACCAUGAAGCUGAAGGGUCAGGAUCAGUUUAUCCCUCUUGUGACUAUCCUGCCACUGGGAACAGGAAAUGAUUUAGCAAACUCUUUAGGAUGGGGAGCAGGAUAUGCUGGAGAGAUUCCAGUAGAACAGGUGCUCAGGAAUGUUCUAGAGGCUGAGGUAGUCAAAAUGGACAGGUGGAAAGUUCAAGUUGUCUCCAAAGGAAACUAUUUUCGUAAGCCAAAGGUGUUGUCCAUGAAUAAUUAUUUCUCAGUGGGUCCUGAUGCUCUCAUGGCAUUGAACUUCCAUGCGCACAGAGAGAAAACGCCCUCCUUUUUCUCCAGCCGAAUCAUCAAUAAGGCAGUGUAUUUCCUCUAUGGUACCAAAGAUUGUUUAGUGCAAGAAUGUAAAGACCUGGAUAAGAGGAUUGAGCUGGAGCUGGAUGGAGAGCAAGUGAAUUUGCCCAGUCUGGAAGGGAUAAUAGUGUGCAAUAUCGGCUACUGGGGUGGUGGCUGUAGACUGUGGGAGGGAAUGGGAGAUGAACCCUAUCCUCCAACACGUGUGGAUGAUGGUUUAUUAGAGGUGGUGGGGGUGUAUGGUUCAUUCCACUGUGCACAGAUCCAGGUGAAACUGGCCAAUCCUGUGAGGCUGGGACAGGCACAUACAGUACGGCUGGUGUUGAAGAGUUCUCGGAUGCCAAUGCAGGUGGAUGGAGAGCCAUGGGCGCAGGGUCCAUGCACCAUCACCAUUACCCAUAAGACCCAGGCCCUCAUGCUGUACCACAGUGCAGAACAGACAGAUGAUGAUGACUCCAGCGCCUCAGAGUGUGAAGAACCCUCAGCCGAACACAUUGACACAACUAGCAACACACAGGAAACAGUGACAGAGUCUUAGUAAGGCUGUAAUCACUUUGUCUGUGCUAUUUCCACCCCAGAAAGUAGCACAGCAUGAAAGGAAGACACCCUGAUGUGAUAAAUGUGUGAUGUCAUAAACGUAAAUGUACAUAAUGUGCAUGUGCUGCUCCAGUAAUAACAUCUGCGGUGGUUAUUUCUGAGUUUAAAAGCCCCUUCUCUCUCAAGCACAUCUUGAAGAUGUCUAUCUCUGACAUUGGUUUUGUAGAUUUGCGUGCAUAGGUUUUGUUUUUUGUUUUGUUUUUUGCCAGGGAGUGCUACCUGGAAGCUCUGAGAAGUGGCUCAGGUUUUAGCCAUAUAGUCCAGAAUGGAAUCAUAUUCAGUUGUUAACAGAGUUCAGGCAAUUAUAAAAAAGACAAAUUCAGUUCAGUGGAGAAUGUUACAAACAAAGCUGCUUAGACGCAAAUGUUUUGCACUGAUCUUGAGUGCCAUAGGUCUGUGAAAAUACAACUCACUGCAGAAAUCUUGUAUUUGAGUUGUAUAAAUUAAGCUGUGAAAUUAUUUUAUUUGGGACAUUAUGUUUUGUUACUCCUUUUGUGAAACACAUUUGCACUGCUUGAAUCUAGAGUAGAUUUAGUAAAAUGGACUUGCCAUUAAUAUCUUAUUAUUUUGCAACUAUUCAACUUGUGUUAUUGGUUUUAUGAAAUAGCAGUAAAAUGUUUCAGAGCACUGCAUUAAGAUACCAUUCUUUAUUUUGCUGUUUGCAUAUGCUGAUCAUCAGGCAUUUUUAUUGUGUUUAUUCAUUGUUUAUUUUCUCCACUUUUCCAUAGAGAUUUAUGUUUUUAUGCACCCUGCUUGAGUAAAUUUACUUUGCCUAGAAUAUAACCACCCUAAUAGGCUUCCUGAUUAUUUUCUUUAGUCCCACUCUUCCAAGUCUUUCUGCUUUCAGUGCAAUUGUAGCAUAAGAACGGUAAAGUUCUUGAAAAACUAAGCCAGGAUAGAAAAGAAAAAUUUACUUUUUACGAGUGGUUAUAUGUCAGGCAUUUCAUAUAGUCAUAUCUAAGCACAUGACAUUCUCUCCCUGAACUAGUGUCACCUUUCUUUGCAGGAGUUGCACAUAUUAUCAAAACCUUGUUUGAUAAACCUGAGGUUUUGCUGAUGUAAUGCCUUUGAGCAGUUUAUAAUUUGGUUUAGUUCAUUUCAUAGUUAAUUUCAUGUUCAGAGUGAUUUUUACUGAAAAAAUCUUACAGAUUGUUAAAAGAACUGUAAUCUAAAUCACAGCCAUUUUUCAUCCAUAAUUAUGAAGGUUUAGAAGAGUGUUACCAAAAUAUUCUAGAUAAAGUGUAGAUUUUUUUCUUCUUAAAUCAAGAACAUGGCCAGAGACUUUAAAAGUCUUUAAAAUUUUUAUUCUUGCAAGAAGUUCAAAAAAUUUUGCAGUGAGCACUGCCAUAUGUGUGACAAAAAUAAGGGAGCAUGCAUCUCUACUUUUAUACACUUUGGCCCAUUGUUUUCCCAAUGGUCGUCUCCUUAAUACCAUAUAUAGCUAAGAAAGUGUGAAAAAAAAAAUUUAUAUGUCUUAUUCCUCGUAGCGUCUUACCGAAAUUCAAGAUGGUAUUCUGUUUAUCCUAAGCAAGCGAGAACAAGCAGGUCAUUGUUACAUCUACUCAUAUUCAGACCAAGCAGGCCUCACACGUGAACACCCAUAUAGCAUUUCAUAAUAUCAAAGCAAUAUUUCAGUUAAUAUAUGAAGUAUAUUUGGAUAUAAUUGAUUAAUUGAAAAUUUCCCUUACAGUAUUUAUCCUUUUUUUUUCUCAGACUGAAUAUUUUCCUGGUAAAUUAUCUUCAUCAGUUGCAUAUCAAAAUGUUGAUUGCUGUAUAAGUCUUACUCAAACUUGUGAAUGCUUCGAUAAAAUCAAAAUUGUGUUUUUUGAUUAGUGUCAUGAAAAAAAAACUGACUUUUUCCAUUAUGUUUAUGUGUUUAAAUACUGAAGCAGUGUUUGUGAGUAAAACAUUUUCUUUACAACUGUAAAUUCCCCCACCCCCUCCACCCAAAGACACCUGUCAUAUUCCUAAAUCUAGACUUCACACAUGCUCUAAAUGUGUCAAAGGGAUUUUCAACAAGAAUAGUAUUCUCCUUGGGACUACUGGUUUAUCAUUUUAAUAUUUUGGGAGUAUUACAUUAAAUGGGAAUCUCUAUUGAAUAUUGAAGGUUGAAAUAUUUAGCACUGACUUCUGUAUGCUAGAAACAACAUUUGGUUAACACCCAUGGCUUAUGUCUUGUUUUUCAAAUGCAAAUGAAGCCUAGUUUUUAUCUGACAGUAGCUGCUGCUGGCAUUGUGUUUAAUGUGAAACUAGGCUUGUUUGAAUGUGCCCAGGUAACAUAUCAACAUAUAUUACAAGUUGGAGAUUAUAUAAAUUAUACAACAUGAAGAAAUCUUCAGUCAAAGAUUUGGUUUAUUUAUAAUAUUAGAAAUAACAAUUUCACAAAUGUUAUCAUUAGAACAGAAGAUGAGAGAGAAAGAAUAAUAAAUCUAGAUAUUAUUUAUUCUUAUAUGAGACAUGUUCAUGUCAUGCUUUUAUUGGUAUUAUUUUACUUUAUGUAAAUAAAUAUUUAUAUUGUAGAGUUAAAAAAAAAAAAUUCAGUUAUUCUAUAUGAUGCAUCACCCAAUAUUGUAAUACUGCAUAAAGCAAACAAUAAAUGACUUACUACUAAACUUUCUGAGCUAUAUUUUUAUAAUGAUACAAUACUGCAAAGUGAAUAACACAACAUACAUCUUAUAUAUAUAAAAACACACACACACACACA